AUGAUACAGGAUGGCCAAACAUCGAGACACAGUCCUGCAAUAUCCUUGAGUGACAGACAACACUUACCAUUUCUCAGCAAUAAUAUUUCAAUUGUGCUACUCGUCGUCGAAAAGAUACAACUGCAACUUAUCAGUCCUCCGAUAGAAAUUAAAGUUCAGUUUCCAGAUGUUCAGCCAAUAAUUAAAGGUGGAGGUCUUCCGGGACCCCACAAAAUUUUAGAGUUACAUUUCCAUUGGGGAGGUAACAGUCAAAGAGGUUCAGAGCAUACAAUAAAUGGAAAACAGUCUGCUAUAGAAGCCCAUUUUGUGUUUGUACCAACAAAGGAUGGACCAAAACAUUUUGCCGCAGUGGUUGGAGUAAUGGUGUAUGCUGGAAGUUACAAUCUAAAUUAUGAACAUAUUAUUUCGAAGCUAAAAGACGUAAAAAAUAUAGGUGGCAAGACAGUCCUGGACAUCUUUCCUAUCAAGGAUCUGUUCCCGGAAACCACUCGUUGUUGGUUCCGAUAUCGUGGAAGUUUAACCACACUACCAUGUACAGAGACAGUUAUAUGGACUGUGUUUGAGCAAAGCAUAUGUAUGUCAGAAGACCAGAUCAGUGAAUUCCGGAAGUUGAUGGGAGAACCAGAAGAAUUUACAGAAGGGAACAACAAUAUAGUUGAUACAUUUAGACCUGUGCAGCCAUUGUUACAACGCAAGGUUUCACUAAGCUGCCCUCGUAGAGGAAAGAACUAUCAUAAUUGA